GCGACAGUUUUGACAGCGCAAUAUUUAUUUUUAUAAUUUCAAAUAUAUUAAGCAUUUAAAAAAGUAUCAUGCACGAUUUUCCAAGUUUAUCUAACUUAAAACCUAUUUACCGGGAAAGUAAAAAGUGUUUCAAUCCUUAUUUAUUAAAACUUGGAGCCCCCCAUAUUGAGGCUUUUGAUAGUUUUUUAUCUCAUGGACUGAAAUCAUUGGCUGAAAAUAUAGAUCCUGUUCAAUUUCAAACUUCUAGUGGUGAGAAAAUCACGUUGCAAAUCGAGGAAAUAAAUAUAUCUAAACCUGAAAUUCCGCAAGAUGUUAUAGACGUAAGAAAUAGAAAUAUUUAUCCAACUGAAUGCCGUCAGCGUCGAAUGACAUAUGCCGGUAAAUGUACUGCUCGUGUGAAAUGUAUAAUAGACGGCUAUGAAUGUAAAACUGUAGAUUUUAAUUUAGGAAAUAUCCCAAUAAUGCUUAAAAGUAGCAAAUGCAAUUUGAAAGGCUUAAACCCAGAAGACCUAAUAGACAGAGGCGAACAUGAAACUGAAUGGGGUGGGUACUUUAUAUGUAAAGGAAACGAAAAAAUUCUCCGGAUGCUUUUGAUGACAAGAAGGAAUUAUCCUAUUGUUAUGAAAAGAAGCACUUGGAAAGACAGAGGAAAAAUGUUUACAGAUGUCGGUGUAAUGAUUAGAACCGUCCGAUCAGAUGAACAAUCUUUUAAUAACGUACUUCACUUUUUAAGUAAUGGAACUGCAAAAUUUAUGUUCUCCCAAAGUAAGAUUCUGUCAUAUCUGCCGGUUUGCUUAUUGCUAAAAUGUUUAGUAGAUUAUACAGAUAAAAAAAUUUUUGAAGAACUAAUACAUGGUUACGAAUCAGACCAAUAUUACAUAUCGGCUAUUCAAACCAUGCUACGCGAAGUGCACGAUGAGGGCUUGCAUUCACAUACCCAAUGCAAAGAUUAUUUGGGGGGAAUAUUUAGAGCAAGAUUUCCCGAAUUGCCUGAUUGGUAUUCUAAUUUUGAUAUCACAGACUAUAUUUUAAAUGAAAGAAUUUUAGUCCACCUAAAUAAAUAUGAGGACAAAUUUAAUCUCAUAAUUUAUAUGGUUAAAAAAUUAUUUCAAUGUGCACAAGAGAAGUAUAAACUUGAAAAUAUUGACAGUGUCAUGAUGCAAGAAGUUUUAACAAGUGGAACUUUAUAUCAAAAAUUUUUAAGAGAACGUUUGGAAAUAUGGCUUAGUUAUGUCAAGAGAUAUAUGUUAAAAAAAUGUGAGAAUCAUGUUUUAGUUACACAAACAAUUUUCGAAUCGUCUGGAAGAAGUGCUGGCGGAAUAGGACGUGCUAUGGAAACAUUUUUAGCAACAGGAAAUGCACCAUCAAGAUCCGGAAUGGGUUUAAUGCAACAAACUGGUCUUUCUAUUAUGGCAGAAAAUAUUAAUAGGAUGCGAUAUAUGUCACAUUUUCGCUCUAUACAUCGUGGUUCAUAUUUUACAACAAUGAGAACUACUGAAGCCCGUCAAUUACUACCAGAUGCUUGGGGGUUUAUAUGUCCGGUUCAUACUCCAGAUGGUGCACCUUGUGGUUUAUUAAAUCAUUUGACUGUUAAUUGCUGCAUAUCUACUUUACCUAAGGAAAGCCAAGUUAAGGAAAUUCCAAAAAUUUUAACAGAUUUAGGAAUGAUUCCAGUAAGCUCACAUUUAUCGGAAUUAGAUUUGAAGACAUAUACUGUUAUGUUAGAAGGCAAAAUAUUGGGUUAUAUAAGCCAAACACAUAGCUCAAAAAUAAUAGAUAACUUAAGAUACUUAAAAGUUGAAAAUGUACUACCAAAUAUGAUGGAGAUAGUAUUAGUUCCUUUCAAAAAUAAAGGCCAAUUUCCUGGGUUAUACUUAUUCGUUGGUCCAUCACGUAUGAUGAGACCAGUAAAAAACAUAUCACUGGGCAAAAUUGAAUACAUUGGUUCAUUUGAGCAGGUAUACAUGGAUAUAGCUAUAGAUGAUGAUGAAAUUUAUGAAGGUUACACUAGCCACAUGGAACUUUCAAAACUGGAUUUUCUGAGUAACUUAGCUCUCUUAAUUCCAAUGCCAGAUUAUAAUCAAUCUCCAAGAAAUAUGUAUCAGUGUCAGAUGGGUAAACAAACUAUGGGCACUCCCUGUCACAACUGGCAAUUGCAAAAUGGUUCAAAAUUGUAUAGAUUACAAACACCAGGAACUCCGCUGUUUAGACCGAUUCAUUAUGAUAAAAUAGAAUUAGAUGAUUACCCAAUGGGAACAAAUGCUAUUGUAGCUGUACUAUCUUAUACUGGAUAUGACAUGGAAGACGCUAUGAUUAUUAAUAAAGCUGCCCAUGACCGAGGUUUUGCAUAUGGUAGCAUUUACAAAACACAUGUUGUUGAACUAAAGGGUUCCUCUUACUUUGCAAGAGAUCCACACAAUCAAAAUUUAGGAAAUUUUUUAGAUAAUGAUGGGUUACCUCAUCCGGGAAUGAAAAUCCACUACAAAUCAAUUUUGUACUGCUAUUACGAUACUGAUGAGUCAAUCUACAAAGUUGUGAAAAAUGAAGAAAAAGAGGAAGCUAUUGUUGACACAGUAAAAUAUUUAGGACAUUUCAAUAUAGGAUCGCCCAAAUGUGUGAGCAUAUGUUUAAGAAUUCCUCGUCCAGCAAACAUUGGAGACAAAUUUGCUUCUAGAGCUGGCCAAAAAGGUAUCUGUUCACAAAAAUACCCUGCAGAAGAUUUACCAUUCACAGAAACUGGACUUAUACCCGAUAUAGUAUUUAAUCCACAUGGAUUUCCAUCACGAAUGACCAUAGCAAUGAUGAUUGAAACAAUGGCAGGAAAAAGUGCAGCACUACAUGGCCUUGUUCACGAUGCCACACCAUUCAGAUUUAGUGAAAAAUAUACAGCAAUCGAUUAUUUUGGCCAACUUCUUGAAAAAGGAGGCUAUAAUUAUUACGGUACCGAACGUUUGUAUAGUGGAGUUGAUGGUAGAGAAAUGGUAGCAGAUAUAUUUUUUGGAAUCGUUCAUUAUCAACGUUUGCGCCACAUGGUAUUUGAUAAAUUCCAAGUACGUUCAACUGGCCCUGUAGACGUGUUAACACAACAGCCAAUUAAAGGCAGGAAAAGAGGUGGUGGUGUACGUUUUGGUGAAAUGGAACGUGAUAGUCUGAUAUCACAUGGAGCAUCAUUUUUACUUCAAGAUAGAUUAUUUCAUUGUUCGGAUAAAACAACAACUUUAGUAUGUAAAAAUUGUGGUAGUAUGCUGUUUCCUCUUCAAAGAAUUACAAAACGUACAAAGGAAGGUAUGAUUUCCUCCACUCCAGCAAAUUGUCGAAAAUGUAAAAAUAAAUCGGACAUAGGUUAUUUAGAAAUACCUUGUGCUUACAAAUAUCUUAUAACAGAAUUGAGUUCAGUUAAUAUUAACGUUCAAUUUAAAUUUUCAGAAAUUUAAAAAAAGCAUUUUCAUUUUAAUAAAAAAAAUUUUUUGGGAAAAUUAUUAACACUGACUUUCAUUUUCAUAAAUAACAAAGAAAUUUUUUUUUUAGUAAUCGUCUAUUCUACUACUAAUGAACUUGAUAUUAUGCGCUUAUGUUAAGUACCAUAAAACAUUAAAAAAUUCUCUGUUAUAUUAUCAAACAUAAACCAUUAAAAAAUUGUUUUAUUUUGUCUUACACAUAUUAUCCAAAGUUGCACCUUGGAAUAAGUAAACAAACGCAAGAUGUUUUCGUCUGCCUAUAUUGCUUACUUUAUGUUAAUUAAGAAGCUCGUCCGUGUUAGUUCGACAAAAAGAAAACCAAUUUGAUAUUUUAAUAAUUUUUUAAUGUAUUUGUUUUAAUUUUUUAUAUUAAAUUUCAUAUUUAUUGUAUUUUGGUUAUGAUCGUAAUAACGUACUUAUAUUUUUUUUUGUGUAUUAUACAUGUUUUCAAAUGUUUAUGUAAAUAUUUAUUUAAAAUUAAGAGUGUAUCAAUAAAAAUUUUUCUAAAUGAAUUUUUGUUCACUUUUUAUUCUUGCAGGGAUUAUUUUGAUUUUUAUUAUUUUCUUACUUUUAUCUCUCUUGCGUUUAAGUGCCAAUAUCAAGGUAAUCAUUUUAUUAUCAUUGAAAUUCUAAAUUUAGAAAUAUUUCAUAUUUUAAUUUUAUAUUUUCAAAGAAAAGAAUGAAAAAUAAAGUAUAAUAAUAUAUUAUGAUUAUACUAUUUUAUUAUAUCUAUGCAUACAUAUAUGAAUAUAUAUAUAUAUAUAUAUAUAUAUAUAUAUAUAUAUAUGUACAAACUUGCAUAUUGAAAUCAUUUAAUGAGAUAAUACUUAAUUUGAAUUUUAUUUUGUCUAGCUUGGAACACAAAAUUCAAAGACAAAAAAAAGAUUAUAUUAUGUACUUUUUUGGAAAGAAACUCUUUUUUAUAUUAUAAUAUUAUGUAUAGAGUGAAUGUAUAUGUAAUAUGUAUUUUAUGCAUAUAUAAAUUUAUUAUCAUAUCAAUUUUAUAUAUUUUUUUUCUCUUAAAGUUACAAUAAUAAAAAAAAAAUUAUAUUAAAACGUAAACAGUUUGAAAUUCACCUUGAAAGAAUUCAUACAUAUAAAUAUAUAUAUAUAUAUAAAUGAUCUUUAUCUUACAGUUAAAAAUAUCAAUCUUUAUUUAAAUAACUUUUUUUAUCAACAAUUUUAAUACCUAAUCGUAAAAUGAGAUUUUCACUUUAUUUUUCUUGAACAUUUUAACUUUAUAAUACAACAAAUUAUAUAUUAAUAUUUUUAUGCAAUAUUUUAAUAUAUAUUUAAAUUUACAUUAUUUUAUAUUAAAUGCAAAGUCGAAA